AUGGUAGGAGAUAGGUCAAAGAAGCUGAAAGUUUCUGAGAAUCCUGAAGAUGUUGACGCCGAACUCAUCCUCUCCAUCGAGAAGUUGCAAGAGAUCCAAGACAGCCUCGAAAAGAUCAAUGAUGAAGCAAGUGAUAAGGUCCUUGAAAUUGAGCAGAAGUACAAUGAGAUAAGGAAACCUGUUUAUGAUAAGCGGAAUGAGAUCAUCAAAUCUAUUCCUGACUUCUGGUUGAAUGCUUUUUUGAGUCAUCCUACCCUUAGUGAACUUCUGAACGAGGAAGAUCAAAAGAUAUUCAAGUAUUUGAGUUCUCUUGAGGUUGAAGAUAAUAAAGAUGUAAAAUCUGGAUACACAAUCACCCUUAACUUCAAUCAGAAUCCCUAUUUUGAAGAUUCAAAACUUUCAAAGACUUUUACCUUCCUUGAAGAAGGAACAACAAAUAUCACUGCUACCCCCAUAAGAUGGAAAGAGGGCAAGGGAAUACCCAAUGGUGUCGAUCAUGAGAAGAAUGGGAACAAACGGGCUCCUGUUGAUGUCAGUUUCCUUAGUUGGUUUUGUGACUGUGAGCAGAAAGAUGAUGAUCUGCUUGACAUUCAUGAUGAGGUUGCAGAAUUAAUCAAGGAUGAUUUAUGGUCAAAUCCACUCAUUUAUUUCAACAAUGAGGAGCUUGAUGAAGAGCAUGGCGAUGAUGAAGCUGAUGAUGAGGUAAUUGAAGUUCCAUUUUUCUUGGAAAAAAUAGAGGAGAAAGAUGGGGAGGAUGAGUCUGAAGAAGAUGACGAAGAGGGUGAUGAUUAA